CAUACACGCUAUAAAAAUGAUAGUGAUUUUAGAUAUGUGUGUGCUAAAGGUUGCGACAAUAUUUUGAUGUGACAGUUUGGGGGAUGAGAGAUUGGUAAUGGUGUUUAUUCGACUGGCACCAUCGAUCUUUUCAUUAUAUCAAUUUUCUAUUCCGUUACCUUAAUCCGUUUGCAUUUAUAAGUCCAUAACUGAUAUUAUAACAUAAAUGAAUGGAAGUGGAAUUUAAAAAAGGCAAAUAAUCCUUGCAUUGUAAGCAAAGUACGUUUUAAAGAUGAAUGUUUGUAUUAUUUCAGAUGUUAAUGAAACGCUUAAAUGAGCAGUUCGCCAACAAAAUCGUGCCAGGUUUAGGUCUAUGUAUUAUAAUCUAUGAUCUUGUUGAUAUUGGUGCCUCAUAUAUAUUACCAGGUGAUGGCAGUACGCAUACAAAAGUCAAGUUUCGUUUUGUUGUGUUCCGACCUUUUAUCGAUGAAGUUAUUGAAGCGAAAGUGUUAUCAAGUAACGCCGAAGGAUUGAUGCUAUCAGUGAUAUUUUUUGAGGAUAUAUUUAUACCAGCACAUCGCUUGCCACAACCGUCUGUUUUUGAAGAGGAAGAGCAGAUUUGGUAUUGGGAUUAUCAACCUGAAGAUGGACAGUCUGCUAAACUGUAUAUGGAUCCUGGUAAAACUGUUCGCUUCCGAGUUAUUGAUAAUAUUUUCAAAGACGUAGAUCCUAACAGUAGCCAGGAUGAACUGAAACGAGAGAAAUCAUAUCAAAUUAUCGGAUCAAUGGCAGAAACGGGAUUAGGAUGUGUAUUAUGGUGGGCACCAAACGAGGAAGGUAUUAACAAUGAAGAGGACGAAGAUCAAAUGGACGAAGGAAUGAUUGGGGAUGCAGAGGAAGAGCAAAAAGAUGAUACAUGACAUAUUUAUCAAAUAUUUAAUUGCUAUAAUUAUUGCGGCAUUCAGUUUUGAUCAUAAUAAAUGCUC